UUCUCUACCGGGCAUAUGACGUCAUUACAUGGUGUUCUUCACAUUGAAACAGGUUCAGUUGGUAUCAGCCCGAGGAAAAGUUUAAAAACACCAGUGAGAAAAUGUUUCCAGACAGGUUUCGAAGAUUGGUUUCUUAUUACUACUGAACGCAGUCUGGGCGAUAUAAAGUCUGUCACUCUGUGGCAUGAUAACUCGGGAUUAAGUCCACAUUGGUUUGUGAAUCAAAUUUUCGUGAAGGAUGUUCAUACUGACAGUUCUUGGACAUUUGUAUACAAUGACUGGCUGGCUGUAGACCGAGGUAAUUUAUUGCUGACAACAACAACAUUACUGCCUGUGACUGAGGAGGAGCUGAAAUUAAAGAAAAAGUUUAAUUUUAUGAUUACAUCAGCACAGAACCUUAGAGAUGGUCAUAUUUGGAUAAGCAUUUUCUAUAAACAAGCAAGUAAUACAUUUACAAGAGUACAAAGGCUGACGUGUUGUCUGACACUUCUUUUAACAACCAUGUUGACUAAUUUAAUGUUUUACGGCAUACCGACAGACGAUCCCGAGGAUCAGCUAGUCACAGGUGGAUUCAAGCUAUCGCUCUCCCAGAUUGUUAUAGGAAUAGAAAGCAGCCUGAUAAUGUUUCCCGUGAAUCUCCUAAUCGUACAACUGUUCACGAAAGUAAAACAGAAACCAGCAACUGGUCGAACCCCUCAUCCAAUAGAAUUUUAUUUGGAGGCCUGUCUUGGGAGACGAUGGGAGAAAAUCAUGAACAAUAUGUUUUUACAAUUCAAGACUCUCACAAACACUCGCCAUCCCGGGAAGGAACAUUUCAUACCGAGACAAAGACCAGAUGAACGAAGAGUUCUGGAAGCUAUCAACACUGAAAUAGAAACAAGACAAACAGGCAAGAUAUUUCCAUGGUGGUUUGUAUACGUAGCAUGGUCAGUUUCUAUAACAACUUGCAUUACUUCCUCGUACUUUGUGGCGUUAUACGGACUGAAGUAUGGCUAUGAUCGCAGUAUAGAGUGGCUCGUUUCCUUCCUUACUGGCUUCUUCCAGAGUAUUUUUGUGCAACAACCAGUAAAGGUGAUGACAUUUUUUCAGAUUCCAUAUCAAUUUAAUUUAACAGGUUUUGUAUGUUACGUAACUGUAUUUUUAAGAUCGGAAGCUGAUGCCAAUCUACAUAAAGCAGAAUACUUUGUAUCAAUAGUUGACUUACUCUGGAAUUAAGAAUAUAUUUUGGUUUUUUAUUGCGAAUGUGCAGGAACAAACAACAUUUACAGACACAGCUUCGAACAUAAACGCAACAUGUUGACUAAUCAGGUGUGAAUGGUAGUGCAUCUUAAAGCUAUAUCGGUAAAAGUUUGUUUGCACUGAUAGGUUAGCUUGGAAAAACCCACAUGUGCCGAAUUCCGGAUAACAUGCAUCUUUUUAAAUGAUAUCAUCGUCACCUAAUUGAACAUGCUAUUUCUAGACAGAGUUUAAAAAAAAUUGAUGUAAUAGCCUAUUAAGGGAUGUUAAACAUUACCUUUCAUUAACAGGUAUUUGAAUAUCACCUUAAGGGUUUUGUAUAAAAGCUUAACUGAAUCAUAAUGCUUAUUUUAUAUAACAACCAGUCAAGGUGUCUUUAAUAUCGCUUUCUUUUCAAUACUUUAUUGUGCCCCACUAAAGGGAGGGCAUUGACAUUUACCCUUGUCCGUCAAUCUAUCCAUUUGUUCUCAUUUUGUGUCACACGUAGCUCAAAAAGUAUUUGACCUAGAGUCAUGAAACUUUACAGGAAUGUUGCUCAGCAUGUGAAGUUGUGCACCUGGGGUUUCGCUUGUGGAUUUAAUUUGUUUUGUUAGAGUUAUUGCCCUUGACUUAGUAAAAAUUUGCAAUUUUCAAAUUGUCUCGCACAUAGCUCAAAAAGUAUUUGACCUAGUGUCAUGAAAAUUUACAGGAAUGUUGAUCGACAUGUGUAGUUGUGCACCUGGGUAUUUUGGUAUGGAAUUUUAUAGUAUUUGUAGAGUUAUUGCCCUUGACUUAGUAAAAAUUUGCAAUUUUCAACUUGUGGCACAUGUAGCCAAAAAAAAUAUUUGACCAAGAGUCAUAAGAUUGACAAAACAGUGGAGUGUGGGGGCACCUGUGUCCUAUGUACACAUUUCUAGAUAUAUCAGUUAUAUUGUGUCAUAAAUCAUGAUGAAAAGUUAUAUAUAAAAAACCCAUUUAGUAAAAGGUCUGUAACAAAUCAAAUUUGUUCUCUUCAAAACUAUGACAGUUGUCCUCUUUUUUUCUAGCAAUAAAAAAAAAUCAUUUUGUGCUUAAAUAUUUUUUGGAAAUUGAGAUUAGAAAAAAGUGCUUUCAUUAUUUUAUGUUAUUGGAAUUCACUUUUCAUAAUCUUACUUUAAAGUAUACUUGGCUAUGUAAGUUUAAAGUCACCGACUUAUUACAAUAAUAUGAUAUAAGAAUCAUAAUGAUAUACUAUAAAGUUAAUAUGAGCCGCGUCACAACAAAACCAACAUAGUGGGUUUGCGACCAGCAUGGAUCCAGACCAGCCUGCGCAUC